AUGGACCCCCAACUGUAUGAAGCUGCAUCCUCGGGGGACUUGGAAUUCAUCACCCGGCUGAAACCCGACAACUUGAUGUAUCUCGGCCAUCUCACCCCUCUGAACAACACCAUUCUUCAUAUAGCCGUCACCUUCAGGCAAAAGGAUUUUGCAGCCCAGGUGCUCAAACUCUACCCGUCUUUCCUGGAACUUGUCAAUGAAGAUGGCAAUACUCCACUCCAUAUUGCUGCCAAGAUUGGCUGCUUGGAAAUUGCCCAACUACUAAUAGAUAGUGGGCGAGAUUCUGAUCAGGGACAUGACAAAUUAGCCUGCUCCUGCUCCAACAGGAACGUCCUGAGGACCGUGAACAGGAUGGGUGACACGGCUCUGCAUGUCGCUGUGAGAAAUGGUCACUUUGAUCUGGUGGAGUUGCUGAUCAGAGAAGAUGUUGAGCUGUCCACCUUCCCAAACCUUGCGGGUGAAACUCCAGUUUUCUUGGCCGUGGAAGGAGGGUUCUUCAACGUUGCUCGUCACAUAUUGCGUGCUUCACCUGCUGCCCCACCGAGUAGAGGCACACAUGGGAUGACUGCUCUUCACGCGGCCCUAAUUCGUACACACCAUGAACUUCUUAUCCUGUCAGGCAGGGAGUCAGAAUACUAUGUCCCUGAUCUGUCCUUGGAGAACAUAAGACGCAUUAUCCGGGAUUCUCUCUUAAAUGUACUAGGACGUUUUGGGGGAUUCCGAACCCAACAGAUAGAUAUUAUUAAGGAGUUGCUUGAGAAGUGGCCAGAAAUGGUGAAAGAAGUGGAUGGACAGAAAUGGACCCCUCUUCAUUACGCAGCACACCUUGGUCAUCUCGAGGCAACCCAAUAUCUUCUAGAAGUCGAUAGGUCGAUAGCUUACCUUCAAAACAUGGAGGGAAUGUCUGCUUUCCAUCUAGCAGCAAAGGCAGGGCACAUAAAGGUCAUGGAUGAGCUCAUAGAUCAUUGUCCAGACAUCUGUGAGUUGCUUGACAACAAGGGAAGGACUGCUCUCCACUUAGCUGUUGCAAACGGAAAAGCUAAAGCGGUUAAAUUCACUCUCGAGAGAAAGAAACUCGAGGGCCUCAUCAAUUUUCCUGAUCAUAAUGGGAAUACUCCUUUGCAUCUCGCUGCUCUUUAUGGCAACUGCAACAUUUUGAUGACUCUCACUUACGACCAAAGAGUUGACAAGAAGGUUGUGAACAAGGAGUAUCUGAAGGCAAUUGAUGUCAUUCAAUCGAACACAGGUAUCGGAGAGCUUAGAAAGACGAGGAUCAUGCAGAAGAUGGAGCAAGCAGGAGGUCGACAAAGUCUACGAAGAGUGAUCUUUGAAGAGAGAGAUAUGCAGAAUCCCAGCUGGAUAGCUGAGCUCGAAGUGGAGGAAAUUGAAGAAUUUUCAAAUAGUGAGCGAGAUCUUUCUCCUAACCUAUACAGCAGCAACAGCAGCAGCAGAUUGGAUGAUAUAAGCAGCACUAGAAAUAAAAGCAACAAGGACAUCAGGUUGCGGAACCAAUACAACCGUCUUAGGAAUAUCUCGGGGACUCACUUGCUGGUUGCAGUACUCAUAGCUACAGUAACUUUCACGGCAGGGUUUACAGUUCCAGGAGGUUAUAAGGAUCAAGGAACCUCGCAGGGAACAGCAGUUCUCACCCCAAAGGUAGCUUUUAAGGUAUUCUUGAUUGCUAACGCCCUUGCCUUCUACUGCUCCACAGCCUCGGCAUUCCUUCACUUCGUGGUCUCUCUCGAGGAGAACUACCACCUCCUCCUGCGUUUCACGAAAUCAGCAGCAGCACUCAUUUACAUCUCGACACUGUUGCUAGGCAUUGCCUUCACUUCAGGAAUGCUGGUUAUUUUGCCAGGGUGCUGCUCGGCAUUCUUUAAGGCUAUCUUGGUGCUCGGCUGCUGCUUUCUUGGUUUUUGCCUGUUCGGGUUUAUAUGAAUCCCUGGUGUUGGUGCAUGGUGACAACUGUUGGUAUUAGCUCAUUGUAAUGAUGCUUUCUUUUGUUCUUCUUUUCCAGUGAACUGGUUGGUUGUAUGUUAAUGUAGAUUGUACCAAGUUGGCUAUAACAAAACAAACAAGGUACAUACCACUGACUGCAAACUCUUAAUUACUACUGCAUCUCA